UGACGACGGGCCGCCUCGUCGGUGACGUCGAAAACCGACGUUCCGAUAUGUCGGAUUUUCCCCCGUCGUUCGCCAGAUGUCGACACCGUCGUCCGGUCUCCACGCGUGUACAUUUUUUCGCUGUCGCGAAAUGUUCUUCACCCUUCUGUCGAGUGCGUCCGAUUGUUUGAUUCCUUGUUAAACAUUAUCGAGACUCAGGGACAUGACCAGUCGUGUGCGGCCCCGUCUCGUGACCUUCGACGUGACCGGUACGUUGCUGAUGACCAAGCUUGAGCAUUACGUCGAGAUCGGCUCUCAGCACGGUCUGCUGGUCGAGCCGGGAAAAUUGGCGCGAAGCUUCAAAAGCAACUUCGUGCAGCUCAGUAAGGAGCACCCGAUAUACGGCAAGCAUACCGGGUUGGGAUGGAAGAACUGGUGGAGAACGAUCGUACACAACGUGUUUAGAGAACAGCACGCCUCCGUAUCGACGGAAACGCUGGACAAAGUCGCUGACAACCUGAUAAACUGCUAUGGCACCAGCAAAUGCUGGUACAAGUAUCCCGGUACCAAUGAUCUACUCGACUCCUUGCAGAAGGAAAAUGUUAUUUUGGGAGUUAUUUCGAAUUUUGAUCAACGGUUGGAAUCAAUUCUCGAAGACUUUCAAAUUCGUCAGUACUUUGCCUUUGUUCUUACCUCAUAUGACUUUGGAACGGAGAAGCCAAGUUUGCCGAUAUUCGAAGAGGCAUUAAGAUUGGUGAAAUCUCUACGGAAGGUGGAGAUAUUACCUGAAGAAGCGACGCACAUCGGUGAUAGAGUGGAUAACGAUUAUUUUGGAGCAAAAAGUGCUGGUUGGAAUGCUUUAUUAAUAAAGCAUGGGAGUGAGAUUGGUGAGAGCAAAGUGCCAAGGGAAGAUAUUUUUAAAAGUUUGGAAGAACUUCAAAAACAUUUUGAUAAAGUGCUUAGAACGAAUUAUAUAACACAAUGAGAAUUAGUCAUCUGUUUUAUUUUAUAUUCAUAUUUUAUUUUUUUAAAUGUUUUCCUGUAUUUAUGUAUAUGUAUACAUUUGUGCAAGUUGAAUCUGUGUAUUGUAUACAUAUAUGCAUGUAAUACUUAAUUGUUUGUGCUCCAUUUAUAUUUGCAAUGAGAAACAUUUUAAGUAUUCUCCAAAAUUGCCAAACAUCAGGAGUGUAUAUUUCCACAAGAAUCUAAAUGGAAUUUGAUCAAGUAAUUGUUAGAAUUUUAUACUUGAGGAUUUGUAUAGCGAAAAUAAAAACUUGUUAAGUAUCAAGAGAAUCUAACGAAACAGGAAGUGGCAGGAAUAAAAAGAAGAAACUUAACAAUUGCAAUUUAAGGGGAAAUUAUUCUCUGUUCGUACAUUAAGCAAAACUAUGAUUGCUAUAUUUAUGCCGAUGUAUGUAGACGUACACGUGUAGUCACGAUCCGCAAAUAUUUAAAUGCGUAUAUAAAUCUGCGUGUACAUACACAAUCAGAUGCAGAUUUGCGUGUGUAGAGGCAUUUGGGGUCUACUCUGUGCACCUGCGUUAACGACGGAAGUGAAAAUACGCGCGAUAACUGUGAGGGACAUAGCGUUUACAAAGAAUUUUUUGAAAACUUCCUUCUAAUCAACCUUUAAUUGUGAUUAAUGCUAACAACUGGCUUCCUAUAUUUAUAAUAAUGUGUAUUAUUUAUUAUACGUUUGUGCAAUAAAAUGCAAUGUAUC